GUCCCCAUAACCCACCCGAUACAAGGCCUCACAGCGUCGCUAUCUCUUUUCCUCCACCCCGCCAGUCGGCCCAGCCCGAGGGAGGAGCUGUAUUGCCCUUGAACCUUGGAAUGAUCUCUGGCGAGAAGUUGAUGUGAAGCCACAGAUCGCGGCCGAGCUGUACCGGCGCUGUGAGCCGACACGUUAUGGAUUGGAAAAGGCCGCCACCGGCGCUCAACAGCCUGGAGUGGUUUAAAGGAGCCUUCAAGUACCAUGGGUGCGGGAAAGAGAUCGAAGCGACGCGGCAUCGCGAGUUCAGCAGGCUGACAGGAAUCACUUACCUGGACCAUGGAGGUGCAACACUUUAUGCACGUAGUCAGAUUCAUCACUUUUACCAAGAACUUGCAGAAAACAUCUAUGGUAACCCUCACAGUGCAAAUGUUGCCAGUCAAUUGACACAUGACACUAUUGAACGUGUUCGUUAUAGAAUUCUACAGCACUUCAACACCAGCCCAGAAGAAUAUACCAUCAUUUUUACAUCAGGAAGUACAGCUGCUCUUAAACUUGUUGCAGAAAGUUUUCAGUGGAGCCGUGCAGAGUCAAGAGACUCGAGGAGUCGGUUUUGUCACCUGACUGACAAUCAUACAUCUGUCGUUGGUAUGAGAGGAUUGUCUGCUUUAGCUGGUGCUCUAACUAUUCCAGUUAACCACAUUGAGAUUUAUGAAGAUAAAAAUAAGAACAUUCCUGUGGGCAAGGAGGAAAAUUGUCACACUCAUCAUCUAUUCUGUUAUCCUGCGCAAAGCAACUUCUCAGGGACAAAGUACCCACUUUCUUGGAUAAGGGACAUUAAAUCAAAAAAACUGUCUCCUUUUAGCAAAAUUCCAGGGAAAUGGUACGUGCUGAUGGAUGCAACCUCAUUUGUGAGCACCUCACCACUUGACCUUCGCUUAUAUCAGGCAGACUUCAUCCCCAUCUCGUUUUAUAAAAUAUUUGGCUUCCCAACAGGUUUAGGAGCUCUGUUGGUGAAGAAUGAAAGUGGACAUAUGCUGGAAAAGAGAUAUUUUGGAGGAGGAACUGCAGCUUCCUAUUUGUCAGGGGAAGAUUUCUAUGUUCCAAAGCAGUCAGUAAGUGACAGGUUUGAAGAUGGCACCAUUUCUUUCCUUGAUAUAAUAGCAGUAAAUCAUGGAUUUGAUGCAUUGGAUAAGUUGACAGGUGGAAUGCAAAAUAUUAUGCUUCAUACCUUUAGUUUGGCCCGUUACACCUAUAUAAUACUUUCUGGAAUGCGCCAUGUUAAUGGAAUGCCAGUUGCCCGGAUUUAUAGCGAUAAUGAAUUUGAAACUCCAGAUUCUCAGGGACCUAUUAUUAAUAUGAAUGUGCUGGAUGAGAAAGGUGGCAUUGUUGGUUAUGCCAAGGUAGAAAAACUGGCAAAUUUGUACAACAUCCAUCUUCGCACUGGCUGCUUUUGUAACACAGGAGGCUGUCAGCAACACCUAGGAAUCAGUAAUGAAGAUGUCAAAAAGAACCUAAAGGCGGGUCAUGUUUGUGGAGAUUCUUUGGAUCUGAUUGAUGGCCACCCCACUGGAUCAGUCCGAAUAUCCUUUGGCUACAUGUCCACGUUUGAUGAUGCACAGACAUUUUUAAAGUUUAUUAUAGAUUGUUUUGUAAAGCAGCCAGUUUGCUUUGACAAAGACAUCCUGUCUAAGCUAACAAGAUAUGGAACAAUGAAAGACAGUGAUAAAUCGUGGGCAGACAAUCUCACAGAUGGAAAAACAAAGACAAUGUCUUUAGAAAUUGCUGCAACAUGCAACUCUGCCAGGAUUGAGGUUCCUCUAUAUCAGAAUUUUUCAGGUCAUCAGUCAGAGUUGAACAAAAACCCUGAAACUUCCAAAUUAAUCUACUAUGACAGUGACUCAAUAACACUCGCUAACAUCUACUUAUACCCAAUCAAGUCUUGUGCUGCUGUUGAGGUUGAGAAGUGGCCCAUUGGAAAGCAUGGCUUACUAUAUGACCGUAACUGGAUGAUUGUCAACCAAAAUGGCGUCUGUCUUAGCCAAAAGCAGGAACCCAGACUUUGUUUGAUUUGUCCACAUAUUGACCUGGAUCAAGGGAUCAUGACCAUCAAUGCAGAAGGAAUGGAUCCCAUAAUUAUGCCUUUAGAAGAAGGAGAUGGAAAACAAUUUCCACAUCAAUUCUGUCAAACCAAAGUCUGUGGAGACAGGGUAAAAGGAUUGGACUGUGGGGAAAAUGUUGCGAGAUGGAUUUCCACUUUUCUUGGACGGCAGACCUUUCUGAUCAGACAGAGUUCUAAUUUUCACAGACCCUUGAAAAAGUUGCACACUCAAGUUCAAAAUCAAGCUUUGACCCAAUCAUCUUCCCUGUCAUUGGUGAAUGAAGGCCAGUAUCUUCUCAUAAACAUGGCGAGCAUUCUACACCUCAAGGAACGGAUAUUACAACGAGAUGGAACAACUGAUUCUAAUUCUGCUGAAGCAUUAACAACAGAGGGGCUAAUCCAUCGCUUUCGUGCCAACUUUGUAAUAAGUGCAAAGAGGCCUUAUGAAGAAGAUGACUGGGCUACGAUAGAUAUAGAUGGUGUUCCUUUUCAGAUUGUUGGGCUGUGCAGUAGAUGCCAAAUGAUUUGCGUUAACCAGGAGAAUGGAAAAAGAAGCACUGAACCCCUGCAGACUCUAUUUUCAUCCAGAGGCGGAAAGAUGACCUUUGGAGCAUACCUGCUUCAUCAGCCACCAGCAAUGUCAGGACAUUGUGCAAUCCUGGCUGUCGGAUCUCAGAUCUAUGUGAGGAAAAGAACAACUACUCCUUCUGCUGGACAAUGACAUUCCCUGCAGCUUCUGUAGGAGUGAAUGCUCCACAUGCGAGUGUUCCAAUGAAUGCUUCAGUAUAACUUUAAAUGGAGUUAUGAAUUAAUAUUCCAUUUAUGGAUCUCUGAAGUAAAGCCUAAGUUAAUUCCAGUUUACUAGACUGAAAAUCUAUUAGUAUUGCACAAUUUCUUGAUUUAAAAAAGAGAAUACAACAAUUUCCAGCUGUGAACCCAAGUGAAUCUGAAUUUCAAAUUAUGUCUGUUGUUGUACUUGACCAUACCAUAUAUUAGUUUUUGAUAUAUUGGGAAAUUAGUUUCAAGAAUUUAUACAGUUCAACGUGUGAAGGAACUGAAUUAUAUCAAUUGACUUUUUUUAGAGUAUAUUAUUCUUGUUAUACACAUAUAGAUUUGGUUUUUAUUCUUCUCCCAGGCUGAUAAAAUUAUGACAUCUUAAAGGUGCUGGCGAAAUGGUUCUAUUUAUAUAACACUCAAGAGACAGCAUGUGAUUAGCUGACACAUUAACAUCUGCAAACUUAUUAUAAAUCUUAUAUAGUUGUAAAACUGAGAGAAAUUGAGAUUAUUGCCUCAACCUAACCCACAAUUUAUUAAGGUCCACUGGCUGUUGGUGAGGCUCCUUGCUACUUUUGUAUAAUCAGGAAACUUAGACCAGCAUUGUUUAAUUUGUUUUAAUUUUAUUAAAACUGAAUUCACUUGGUUAAUAGCACCUAGGCAACACUGAGGCUGCUGCAAUUGACCUUAGUGCUACUGGGCCAUGGAGUAAAAAUCAACCAGGGCUCUUACUUGUGACCUCAGUUGGAACACACAUGUGAAAAUGCAUGAACGCAACUUGGAAUUUAGCCGCUUUCAAAUUGAAUGGUCUGACAACAUUCACUACCCAGGCUAACAGAUGGACACAGUUGCAGUUUCAACUCAGGAGCAGCAGUCUCAGCAGAGCUGCACAUUAACUAUGCUAUCUGCCCCAAUAUCUCCUCUAAACCACCACGUCAGACAAAAACAUGGGCACUUACCUACCAAAUUUUUAAAUUAGAGUAAACUAAAUUAAAAUAAAGUAAAAUUAAAGAUAAUUUUGAUCAUUUACAACUGAGUUUAAAGGCGAUGCCGAUGGCUAAGCUGUCUUAAUAUAUCUACUAACAAAUUGUGAAUUGCUACUAAAAUUGUUUAAUUUUUGUCAUAAUUGCUAAAGAUUUUGUUACAUGAGUGAGGUAGUUUUGUUUUUACAAUGUUGAUGUAUUAUCAGCAUAUUUAAAUGAUUAAACAAUAAGGAAUCAA